CCUAGCGGUUCUUAGAUGAAUUAUAAUUUUGUUUUGGAAACCAAACGUAUGGCUCGUAUUUCGGUUUACUACUUUGACAAUAUACGCUUUUACUGUAUCGAUUAUGAGGAAAAAAUAGAAAUUCUUAAUUAUAUCCAAUGAAGUGAAAUGUUAUCAAGUGAAAUAAAGACUAAUUGAAUACAACUAUAUAUUUUAAAACUGAAACUAUUCAAUGAAAAGAAACAAGACCUCCAAUGAAUAAUUUUAAAGUCUCAGUUUUAUUCACUGUAAUCAACAAGAAUUGUACUGAAUCUAGAUAAUGAAACCUGGAUUGUAUUUCAGCAGUAUAUAUUUAUGUUUAGUAUUUUAUACUUUGUUUGUUCCACAUGUAGCUGAUAAUGGAAUAUCUCCAAGAAAAGAAAAAUAUCUUCCUGAUUACAAUCAUUAUCAUAAUAUGAGUCAAAUAUAUACUCACUUGAAUGAAAUUGUAGAGAGAAAUCCUCAAUAUAUUCAUUUAGAUGAUUCCUUUAAAUCAAGAGAAGGUUUUUCUCAACUCCUUUUACACAUAGCAAAUUUUUCUGACAGUAGAACAGCUUUCAUGAAUAAACCAUUCUAUAUGUUGCCGAAAGUUAAAGUUUUAUUAUCGUAUGGCGAACAUGCUCGAGAGUUCUUUCCUAUUGAAAGUCUUUUUUAUUUUCUUACUAACUUAACACAAGGUUUAUCAUCACCAAGAAAUAGUCCAGAAGAAAAUUUUAGUCGUCAUAUUUUUUCCAAAGUAGAUCUUUUUAUAGUUGCUUUAAUGAAUCCAGAUGGAAGACAUUAUGUGGAAAAAACACAAAAUUAUUGUUGGAGAGGAACCAGUACUGGUGUUGAUAUAAAUCGUAAUUUUGAUUGGAAUUAUGGAGGAGAAGGCAGUUCAGCUCAGAAAGGAACAGAAGAAUUAAGAGGUUCUCAAGCAUUUUCAGAACCAGAAUGUCAGAUCUUAAUUGAAUUGACUCGAAAACAUAAAUUUGAUGCUUUUAUAUCAUUUCAUUCAGGAAUAAGAGAAAUUUAUUUACCUUUUGCAGAUUCGGUAUCAAAGAAAAUAAAUCGCAAGCCUGAAAAUUUAAGAAAUAUGAUGGACUUAGCAAAACGUAUGUCAGAAGUAAUGACUCCUCAAUUUGCAUAUGGCCAAGCAGCUCAAAUUGUAAAUUAUCCUGCAGAUGGUACAGUAUUUGAUUAUAUGGCUGGUAUUAGAAAGAUUCCAUUUUCUUAUGCAAUUGAAUUAUGGGGUGAAGGAGACAAACCUGGAAUGCAAUGCUUUGACCUAUUUAAUCCACCAAGUGAUAUUUUGGAAGAAAGUUUGGCAAGUAUUCAUCCACUUUAUGAACAACUAUUUCAAUAUCUCAUUGAGUGGAAAGAAAGACAAGUGAAAAAUUCUUUAAAUACUGAAAAUGAAGGUCCUUCAUUAACUUUAUGCUUUAUUAUGUUGGGAAUUGUAAUUGUUAUAACAAUUUUUGCGAGCUGUAAUAGAAGACUUCCAGAAUGGAUGAGACCUUAUCCACAGCGAAGGGUUAUCAGUUUAAAAUCAUUAAGCUCAACUCUACAUGUCAGCUGAUGAUUACGAUUCAUAUGCUAUUUUAUAAUUAAUCAUACAACAAGAUAACAAAAAAGAUCUCAAUCAUUCAGAAUGGAGGAAACUCCUCCAAAACUGAUGAAGAUCUGGAGCAGAACUGGAUAUUAAUUUGAAUAUCAUGUCUGCCUCUGAUCAUAAUCACAUCAGUUGAAUGGAUCAACAUGAAGGACGCUGGAAAAUUAAAAAAUGCAGCAGAUUGAGAAAGAAGGGGAGAUCAAAAAUAAAUGCUGGCAGAAGCAUGAAAAGAAAUUGAUCAAAUUAACAGAGAAGGUAAAGAAGAUCUAAGUUAAGAAAGAACAGAAGAGAAGAUUACUCAAAAGAUAUUUUUAUCAAUGAAUUUCUUUCAUAAUAGGGAAUUGAUUUGCUAGAUUUUUGUAUCUAGUAACAAAACGAUUCUUUUCAGAACAAUUUUGUAAUGAGUAGUCCAACUGAUUUUUAGAAAAGUUUACAACAUUAGAUAAGAUAGCAUUCAAUAAUUUUCAAAGUAAAUUUUAUUUCAAUUCAAAUCAUUUUGAAUCUGAAUUUUAGAACGAUUUAAAUGAAUCAUUCGAAAAUUGAUGAAUUUGAAAUAUUAUUUAUCUCAAUGAUUUAAUGAUUUAUAAAGAAAAUUUCUUAGUUUUAACUUUUAAUUUUAUUAAUAAAUCUCUGGCAUAAUUCAAAUUGUUUCAUUGAUUUACACAAAUCAACUUUAAUUAUUCCAAUAUUUACAAUAGGCCUAGUCAUUGACUGUCCAUAAAUUAUGUCCACAUUUUUCUUGAAGUUUUUACUCCUUCCUUUGUUCCAGUUUGUUUAAGUUUCCAUAACUCCCCAUCCCUCUUCAGACAUCCAGCAAAACUCAACCCACCUUUAAAACCUCAUGAACCAUAGAUACCAUGUGUAGAAAUGAUGGAAUUACGUCCAAAUUGCUUUUAUAAGAUUGCACUCUUUCUAGUAAGUUAUAACAGUGUUUUUUUUUAUAACGCUUUUAUUUUGUAUUGAGGUAUCGUCAGAAUUGUGAGAAGAGCAGGGUAUUUUGCAGAAGUUAUCUUUCAUAAUACUUUUCAUAUGACACUUUUCCUUGGCCUUGCUUAGAUCGCUAAAAAAAAUUAAUCUUCGCACGUUUUAUAAAAUUUUUAAUAAAAUUUAGUUUACAUUUUACGGGGCUCCAGAAGGAGGAGGACACGUUCUGAGGGACAGAUCAAGAAAAAUCGUUGCUCAAUGGGAUCACAUAUCCAAAGAUAAAGAGUAAAGUUCCAGAAAGAAGGAUAGGUCGGUUUUGAUCAGCCCAUUUCGAUUGAUCCAACUCAAGUUUGUCUUGACCAGCUGCCUUUCAUUGUUUGAUCAAUAUAUGACAUCGCUUAUCUUUUCCUCAGAUGAUCUAGCCAUUCCUUCAAGUGUCCUCCGGCCCACCAGAGUCCCAAGUGGAAAAAAACCACUGAACACUGGUGGUCGUGGGCUCAUGCUUUGCCAACGGUCUGUCCACAUGGAGUUUUUGGGAUUUUCUUCACGUUAGUAACACAUUGUGAAUGUGAGAUUGUAUUCUUUGUUUAGAAGCUUAUCUUAAACUUUUUUAGUUCAUAUUUUGUUUGAAUAAAAUCAAGUUGAAAUGUCUUCCAAUGAAAAGCAUAUCAGUCAUAUUAUGCUUUGAGUUUCGAAGAGAAUAUAAUGCCAUACAAACAAUAAAAUAAAAAAAGAAAAAAGUUGUAAUGUGUAUGGGGAAGAUGCUCCCAAAUUUCGAACGUGUCAAAUGUGGUUUAAAAAAUUCCAUUUGGGAAAUGUUGAACUAAAGGAUACAAAACAUACAGGGAACCAAUUGAAGAAGAAAAAUUGUGUGAAGAAAUUGUUAAACAUAAAUUUUUUUUUUUGUUUUUUUUUCUUUUUCUUGUUUUGAAUGAGAUAUUUUAUGGAUUGACUUUAUGUAUUUUUUUUAAGUCUGAUUAGACUUGAGUGUAUUUUAAUCUACUAAAACUGAUUUAUUUAUAACUGGAGAAAUAUCUCAUUUUCUCUUACUGUUAGUUGAAAUUUAAAAAAAUAUAUUACUGUUAUUCUUUUUGAACAUAAUUGUGAAAGAGGUUAUUUUAAAGAAUUUUAAGUAAGAAGUUAGAAAAUGUAACAGUUCUAACAUCAGAAAUAGAUAGAGAGAUCAAUUUUAAU